UAUGCAAAUAAGCCAAAUUAGGGAUUUCAUUCGCUAGGUCACCUUCUGUUUCCCCUUCAUAUAAAAGGAUCACUACCACUCAUUCAUAAACCCUAAUUCAGCCGACGAGCUCUCCGAUUCUCUCCGAUUCGCUCGUCCAUCUCAUACACUACAACCAUGACUUUCAAGCGCAGGAAUGGUGGACGCAACAAGCAUGGACGUGGCCACGUGAAAUUCAUCCGUUGUUCCAACUGCGGCAAAUGCUGCCCUAAGGAUAAGGCAAUCAAGAGGUUCCUUGUCAGGAACAUUGUGGAGCAGGCAGCUGUUAGGGAUGUUCAGGAAGCCUGUGUUUAUGAUCAAUACACUCUUCCUAAGCUUUAUGCCAAGAUGCAGUACUGUGUUUCUUGUGCUAUUCACUCUCACGUUGUGAGGGUUCGAUCACGCACUGACAGGAGGAAACGUGAGCCCCCACAGCGCUUCAUUAGACGCAGGGACGAUGCACCAAAGCCUGGACAGGCAGGACAGAACCCUCGUGUUGGAGCUGGUGGAGCUCCACCCCGUGCUUGAAAGAACGCUUUAUAUGCUAUUUAAUUUUCUCGUGGUUUCUCAGAUUUUGUGGACUUCAAUUUUAUUUAGGAUUCUUCACUAUAUUUUGAGGGCUUUGUUUUGAGUAUCGAAUUAUGCUGUACUUGUGAAAUCUGAUCAAUUUUUGAUUUAAUAGGUUCUCUACUUGAAUAUUUUAUUGUUUUUUGUCAUGA